AUGGACUCUAAAGCAGUGUCAGUACAAUGUUACAUUAUUCCCCAUUGUGGUCAUCAAUUCCACACUUCUUCCUUUGACAACUUUGAUAUAAUCUAUCUUGUUAAUCGUACUGUAACCCAUUUCCCCACAAUCUCUACACUCACCUUCUUUACCCCUAUCAGUGCCAUGUACAAAUUCGUUUUGUACGAGGACCUGAGCCUGCGCCCCAAGAAGGUGGUGAAGGAGCUGUGGCGGUUCCUAAACCUGAAGCCCUCUCGCCGGACGCUGUCCCUCCUCGCUAGGAACGCGAAGACGCCCUCCACGCUGCUCUACAGGCUACCCUACAGCACUCAAAGGAACAGUCCGUGCCACACCUUCAGCUGGAGGAAGCAGCUCAACUACACCAUGCUCAUGAGGGUGCAGGAGGCGUGCAAGGACGUCAUCAGGAGACUGGGGAUGCGCCUCUUCGCGUCCGAGGAAGAGUAUCGCGACCUCUCGAUAUCCGCGAUGCUGAAGGAGGGUCCGUCUCCUGCGUGUGGGGAGGCCGGAGCUUGAGGGCGCGCGAGGACUGUUGCUAGAUGUGCAAGGGGCGGGAGCUUUGCCGGAGUUGACCGUAAACGAUGGUGUAAGGGACAAUUUUACUUGUAUGCAUGAGAAGAAAAUUAAAUGCAUUCAUGC